AGAAAUAUCCGUCAGAGAAAGUCACGCAAAGUUUUUUAUCCUCCCCCCUCCUGCCUCCUCGGCCUUCGGUCUGAACGUCUGUCACCGCCCGUCUCUUCUCCACACACGUCAGUCGGUUCGGGUUAUGUCGGUGAGGAGGUGAGAGGGUUUCUACACGAGUCCACAUCUCUGUCAACAGCGUUUGCUGCGUUUAAUCUUAAACUCCAGCUGUAGACCAGUGGACUGAGUCUGGGACUUUGAGUUCUAUCCACCAUGGGGGACGUGAUUUCCAGUCACCUGGAUGAAGCCAAGCGGGAGAUUAUCACAGCUCGGACAGGGGAGGUGAUGGGGGAUUUCGGGCAUCUCUAUGAGCAGCAGUAUGCAGUGGCUCUCUUCAACAAAGUUCGCUUUGACAUAGAAGGAGGAGGCGGCCCACAACCCCAGCUGCUGCACCGCAAGAUUCCGCUGGAGAACAAGUCCAUCUUCUCCGGCUCGCUCUUUCAGUACCUGGAGGAGAACAAGAAAUGGAGAAGCCGCUUCCUCUUCGUCCCAGACUCCUACAAUAUCAACUAUUACGACAGCAAAGCGUCACAUGACAAACGCCUCAGUCCCAAAGGAGCCAUCAACUGUGCCGGCUACAAAGUGCUGACAUCUAUUGAGCAAUACCUGGACCUGAUCAGCAACAGCCUGCCUGACGUGAAAGCCAAGAUGGGAAGUUCACCCUUCUUGAAGUGUGCCACCCAGUUCCCUCUGAUCCUCUGGCACCCUUAUGCCCGUCACUACUACUUCUGUGCGGCGACGGAGAAAGAGCAGCAGAAGUGGCACGCCGUCCUCCAGGACUGCGUCCGACACACAAAUGACGGUUUGUCAGAGGAGAAUAAAGUCCAAACACCAGCUUUCACUGAUGCAGUACGACUCUACCGCCAAGCUAAAGGGAACUAUGGCACCUGGGAGAUGAUGUGUGGUGUACCAUCACAGAUCCUGUCUAACCUGGUGAUGGAGGGCCUCCUCCCUGAGCUCAGAGACCUCAUCUCCCCCCGCCUCAAAGGCAAGCUAUACGAGAGGCAAAGGAACUGGAUGCUGAUAAGUGAUGCUGUGUACAGCCUGGUGCAGGGGCAGUGCCAGGGCCAGUAUGAGGUGGCAUUGCAGAAGUGUGAGGCGGCCCGCUCCUCCCUAGAGGCCUCCAUAAGAACAGACAUGGACCAGAUCAUCACCUCCAAGGAGCAUGUCACCAACAAGAUCAGAGCGGUGGUUCUCCAUAAGGCUGAGAAGCUGCUGAAGGUGAGCAUCCAGCCGUACAUCAGCUCCAUCCUGGACGCCCUGAUGGAGCCCACCAGCCGAGGCUUCUCUGAGGUCCGUGAUGUGUUUUUCAGGGAGCUGGUGGACAUGAGCAAGAACAUCCUAAAUGACGGCACCAAGGAGACCGUGGCACAGCACAUGGAAAAGAUCUCCAUGCUGGCUUUCCAUCCUGUGAAGAUGCAGAGCUGCUAUGAGAAAGUUGAACAGCUGGUUCUAGAGGGUCUGCAGCAGAGGUUUGAUGUCUCCAGCCCCUCUGUGUUUGUCCAGAGGGCCCAGAUCCUAAUGAGAGAGCAAAUGGACGAUGCAGUGUAUACGUUUGAGCAGAUCCUUCACCAGAGUCUGGAGUCUCAGGGUACAGAGGAGCUCUGCAAGACCAUCCAGCGCUGCCAGGACAGAGUCAUUAAGAAAUUUGAUUAUGACAGCAGCACAGUGAGGAAGCGUUUCUUCCGUGAGGCUCUCCUCCAGAUCUUCAUCCCCUACAUGCUGAAGCAGCUCAGCCCUUCCUGUGCCUCGGAGCUGCCGCGCUUCCAGGAGCUGAUCUUUGAGGACUUUUCCCGUUUCAUCCUGGUGGAGAACAUCUUUGAGGAGGUGGUGCUGCACUCUGUCAUGAAGGACAUCAUGAUGGCUGUGAAGGAGGCGGCGGUCCAGAGGAGACACAACCUGUACCGGGACAGCAUCGUCCUCAGCAACAGCGACCCCAGCCUGCACCUACUGGGAGAAAACCCCUCCAUCGACUGGGCCAGGGAGUACGGAGGAGACCAGGAGGAGGCGGACUCUACAGGGGAGGAUGUUGCGGGUACAGGCGAGGAUGCUGAGGGUGACGCUGAGGUUCAAGGUGAGGAAUCUCAUAAGAGGAGGAGGAUGAAGCAGGUAGUGUCCAUGAUCCAAGUGGAAGGCUCCCCAGUCCAGCCCGAGUCAUGUGUAGAAGUGCCUGGCAUCAACGAUAUUCCAGAGGGGGAGGAGGAGGAGGAGGAAGAGAAGGACGAGGAGGACGAGGAGAAGGAGGAGGAAAAGGGUGGAGAUGAGGAGGAGAGCUCAGAUGGUAAAGCUUCUUCUGACCAGAAUGAAACUGCAAGUCCUAAAGCUUCAGAAAACACUCCAGACAUGUCAGAUAGUUCCAUCUCAAAGGAGGAGGAAGAGAAGGAGGAGAAGGAGGAGGAAAAGGGUGGAGAUGAGGAGGAGAGCUCAGCUGGUAAAGCUUCUUCUGACCAGAAUGAAACUGCAAGUCCCAAAGCUUCAGAGAAGACUCCAGACCAGUCAGAUGGUUACAUCUCAAAGGAGGAGGAAGCUAAACCAGUCAAGCAGGGUAAAGAAGUCCCACUGAAGGUUGAAACUGCCACAGAAAGUGCUUCAGCCAUAGAGGAGAGUGUUGAGGGAGAGGAUAGCAAGCCAAUGGUGGAGGAACAAGCACCCUCCAUCCAGAUGUCAGAGGAGGCGUUACCACCACCACCUCCUUCUGAGGAAAUCCCAUCUGAGGCUACAGAUCCAGAGAACCCCCCAGAGGUGACAUCUGACUUCCCCCCACCUCCACACGAUGACAGCGGCUUCCAGUCUCCCAGCAGCGAAGGGACGGAGGUAGAGGAGGAGGAGGAGAAGGUGGCCCCACAGCCGGCAGAAGAGCACUCUAAGGAGAGUGUUGGCACAGCACCAGAAUCCGAGACCAAAAGCAGCGACUCUGAGACCAGAGAGCAGUGAUGAAAUGAUUUGUUUUACCAUAACUGAAUCCGGCCCUGCCUUCAUGCUGUUUUUUACCACAUCAGUUUUCAGUCUCCGCACCACGUAGUAAUCACUCAGCAGGUUAUUUUCACCGAGCAGGGCUCAGGUGCUGUUAUCAUUUUUUUUAAAUAUGUUUUUUCUGUAUGAUUUUCCCUUUCCAUCUGACAGACAUACACAUGGGAACAUAUGUUCCGAUAUACUUUCUCUUCACCUGGUGUAAAUGUGAGCACAGUGGACAACCUUGAGUUCAUAAUGGUGUGUUUAGAACAUGUGACAAGUUGCAGGAACACCCCAAUAGAGGUGCCUUUGGUGAAAUCCAUGUAAACUGAUUUAACUCUCAAGUCUCUCUCAUUUAUCUACUGCGUGGCCUUCAAUUUGAUUUAUUUAGAACUUUUGUGAGUGCAAAUACAAUUUGUGCCGUUAGAAACUCAUUUAUUGGUGGUUAUUCAACCUAACUGGUCAACAGAAAAUAACUUAAUGAAUGUGGAAUCAUCUUUUUUUUUUCUGUCUGAAACUUAUAAUUCAUUAUUUGUCUCAAUGCUUACACUGAUGUCUGAAAGACUUGACGAUUUCUUUUUGUUGGUGGGAAUAACACUAUUUUAUAUGAGUUCAUCCCUUUAAUAAAGACGCCUUGUGUAUAAUAUGUAUAAAUAUGUGUAUGGACCAGUGAACCAGCACACUGUCAUUUUACAUAAUUUUAUAUCACUUCAUCAGUGCCUCAGCUGAUCUCUCCACCCCUUUUUAUUUAUUAUUUUGCACCCCCUUUUUUCUUCUUGACCAACUUUUAGAUUUCUUUUACCCUUGUGAAAUGUUAUUGAUAAUAAAUCAUUAUUGAUUAAU